AUGGACUUAAGCAAGCUUCACAAAUACCUAGUCUCACUCGGAUUCUCAAGAAGUAAAAAUGAGCAAGCAGUUUAUUUGAAGUGGUCUGAUAAAUCACACUUGAUUAUUAGAGUCUAUGUGGAUGAUCUACUAGUCAUAGGUGAAAAAGACAGUGAAAUUAACGAGUUCAAAGAUUAAAUGAUGCAAUUUUUGAGAUGAGUGAUCUCAGACAACUUUGCUCUUAUUUGGACAUUGAAAUGGCGCAAGGAGGAGCUAGAAUCACCCUGUCACAAAGAGCCUAUGCACUGAAUAUACUGGAUCUUGCAAGGAUGAGGGAGUGCAAUCUAGUUCACGGUCCUCUUGAAGCAAGAGUCAAACUCAGUCAACAAAAUUCAGGAUCUUCAAUUGACUCUACUUACUUCUGAAGUCUCAUCGGAAGCUUAAGGUACUUGACUCACUUGCCCUGAUCUGACUUUCUCCGUGGGAUUACUGAGCAGGUUUAUGGAGCAUCCGACUUCAGAACACCUCCCAGCGAUCAAGCACAUUCUAAGGUACGUAAAAGGUACAAUUGAUUAUGGAUUAGUCAAUGAGAAAGGUCAGACCAAAGUAAAUUUAGUCGACUAUAGUGAUAGCGACUUUGCUGGAGAUGUGGAUGACCGAGAGAGUACCUCAAGGCAAGCUUUCUUCCUCGGUGAAAUGUUGAUCUGUUGGGCCUCUCAGAAGUAG